ACCAGUCAUCAUACUCUCUUUUCUUCUUUCCUUUUCAUUUGGGUUUUCAUCUUUUUCUUCUCUUUAGCAAAUAAUAAUUCGUAAUUAAUGCAUUAAACUAACCACAGUUUCCGCCAUUCCAUUUUCCAUAAGAGAAAGUUGAUGCCUUUAAGGCUUUAAGUAUCAAAUUCAAUGACUGGUAGGUUUAAUGGGUUUUAGGAUUUUUCAGGUUUUCAUGGUGAAGGCUGUAUUGGGCAGUUUUGAUUUUUAGUGAUAUUCAGCUUUUUAAACAUAAAGCUAUCUUCUUUUUCUCUUUCUGUUUCUGGGUUUUGAAGGGAAAAAUGUGGGGUAGGUGUUGGUGUUCUGGUGGUGCAGUUUUUGGAUCUUUGAGGAAAAGGGUAUCUUCAAUUGUUAAUAUAAGUGAUGGGUAUGUGAAAAAGCUUGGUCCUUUUGAUCCUUAUUUGUUGGGUUUGAAGGGUGUGGUUAUGGGUGCUGUGGAAAGAAGAGGGGCAUCUUUAUCGAUUGUUGUUCUGAACCAGAUCAAGAAUAGAGGUAUAUCUUCUUCAAAAUUGGUUAAAUCUUCUGAUCAGAGGUUCUUUUCCAACAGCAGCAGCAAAAAUUCUUGUGGUGAUGGUGAUGAUAACGGUGGUGUUACUGUUAGCAAUGGUGGAACACAAGAAUUCAUAUCAUACUCUGAAGCAAAGAAGCUAUUGAGAUUGGUGAAUGUGGAGACACUGAAGAUGAGACUUGGAAUGGAAGGGAAGGAAGUUAUUCCUUACACUGAACUUCUCGAAGCUUGUGAGAGCACUGGUAUUGCUAGGAGUAAAGAGGAAGCUAUAGCAUUCUCCAAGGUUCUUGAUGAAGCUGGUGUUAUUCUCCUUUUCAGAGAUAAGGUGUAUCUCCACCCUGAUAAGGAGUUUGAUCUAGUGGUGUCAACAGAACCGAUCACUAUAACUAAGGUCAAAUGGGACCGAAUAUGCCAGUUUAGCAGUAGAAGUAACAUAUGUCUGAUGAUUCGGUCUUCAGAGCAAUGUAAAAUUCUUUGGGGUGUGUACCAUCGCCUCCAAUCUAAUUGCAAGGGAUCUACCUGGUCUGAUACAAACUAUCUAUUGAGUUCAAGCAGUGGUGGAUCUGGUUCGAAGGGCUGUUCCGCUAGCACUGACUGCAGACGACGAUCCUGUGAGGGAGGAGAUAAAGAAGCUGCAGGAGAAAAAAGAGGAAAUUGAUAUUUUGGCCCACAAGCAGGUUCGGCGCAUCCUUUGGUCCGGACUAGGAUUUGGUGUAGUUACUGUUGGCUUAUUCUUUCGGCUAACAUUCUGGGAAUUUUCCUGGGACGUAAUGGAACCUAUCGCCUUCUUUACAACGACAACAGGUUUAGUCAUAGGUUACGCCUACUUUCUAUUCACUUCAAGAGACCCAACUUACCAAGACUUAAUGAAGAGGCUCUUCCUCUCAAGACAGAGGAAGCUUUUCAAGCGGUAUAACUUCGACGUUGAGAGAUUCAAGGAGCUCCAGUGCAAGUGCAGAACACCAUUAGAUGCUAACACUGUUUUGAAGAAUCGCAUAGGGGUGCAUCUUGAUCUCGACGAUGCUAUACAUAGAGAUUGAUAUU